CGCGGGGUAAUCGAGAGCCCUGGAUGCGCGGGGCAUUGGCGCCCUGUCUUCCAGGUUGUCGAGUAAGACAAGAUCCGAUGCCUCUCUUGGGACGUGAUAAGGAAAAGACAAGAUACCUUACUCUGUAAAACGUCGGACGGCAGGGCUUUUUAUCCCAUCUGUCGUCGAUUUUAGGUGAGCCGCAUUAUGCGCUGCGUCACCUUAAUCGUGAACCCCAGUGGCUGCCCCCUGAUGCAGUUCAGGUCGCGAACGGCUCCCGUCUGCUUGGACUACCCCACCAUCCAUCCCACUUUCAAGUUUCUGCCCCUCCUGACAGCCCUGUGGAACUUUCCCCAGUGGAAGGAGCUUGUCGGCAUUGUGUAACCAACAGCAGACGUCAAACUCUUGCCAAUUUUUGGGAGCUGUUCAAAGUCACACAUAGCCGGAUACCUCGUUGUCUCCUUCCGUCCGUCUUCACCCUCUGCCCAUGGCCACCGCCGACGCGCAGUUUCCGCCGCCAAAAGUUCUGACCUACCCCGCGUCAGCCCCGCCAUCGCUGGUCACGCAGGGUGCAGAAGGCCGCCUCUACAAAACGACACACCUCCUGCCUGACCGACCAUGCGCGCUCAAGUACCGACCGCCGAAGCCCUAUAGGCAUCCGGUACUCGACGCUCGACUGACGAAAGCGCGCAUAUCGUCCGAAGCGAAGGUACUGGAAAGAUGCUGGCGCGAGGGGGUGCCCGUCCCGGCCGUCUACGCCAUGGACCCGGCCGCGGGGUGGAUGAUGAUGGAGUGGAUUGACGGUAUCCCCGUGCGGGCGGCGAUCAACGAGUGGCUUGGCGAGAGACCAACGGAAGAAGACGAGCCCGUGGAGGUCGACGACGCCCCACUUGUCGACCUCAUGAAGAGGAUCGGGACUGCCGUGGGAGCGCUACACCGGACGGGGGUGGUGCAUGGAGACCUGACGACGAGCAACAUGAUGCUGAGGCCGCAGGAAGACAGUCAGGCUAACGGGCGCACUGGGGGUGAGGGCAAGGCAAAGGUGCUCGAGGGGGAUGUGGUCCUGAUCGACUUUGGCCUGGCGACGCAGAGCAUGUCGGAUGAGGAUCGGGCCGUGGAUCUCUACGUUCUUGAGAGGGCUUUCGCAAGCACCCACCCCAGAGCCGAGAGGCUGUUUGCCGCCGUCCUUGGGUCGUACAAAGACACGUUCAAGAAAGCCGCCUCGGUGUUAGUGAAGCUAGAGGACGUCAGGAUGCGCGGGCGGAAGAGGAGCAUGCUCGGGUAGCGUGAAAUCAGAAACCGUGGGAUUAAAGUGAGGAAAGCAGGAGAAAUACUCGCUCAGUUCGCCGUGUAUCAUGCCAGUGAUGCCCAAAUACGACAUAGGGCCAUUCUAACCCAUUAAGCCUGUAUAAUCCAUGC